GAAUAUUUGUCUCUUUAAAUGAAUAGUUUUUAAAGGCUGCACUGAGAGGCAGUCUCCCUCUCUGCGGCUGUGAGGCUACUCAGAGCCUCCAAUAAAUCAGCAUGCAGGAACUGUGAGCUCUGUCCUUGAAGGGAUGCACGGUGACCUUGCUUGUGCUUACUCUGGAGGAAUAACCAGGGGAAACAGAGAAGCCCAAAUAGCAAGCGGUGUAUGACUAAAGGCACUGCAUUCUGCAUGCAAAUGCUCCGGCACCGAAGGCACGGUACGCAUGGCACACUGCUACACAAACUGCAGCUUCCCUGCUAGCCUGACCAGAUUGCUGCUGUUGUUUUUGCAGGGGACUGAAUGAAAUCCUCAUGAUCAUUACAUACUUGUUCAAUAAUAGCACACCCCAGUCACGUCUCCUUGCAAGUACAUUUUGUUGGAAUCGCUGAGCAGAAGCGAAGACGAGCUGACGACUAUGUGUUUCCAAAGCGGGUUGCCGGAGCCCUGUGUUUGCCAUUGGCUGCAGUUUUCUGGUUUAUUUGCAGCUUCCCCCAUCUGGAAUAUGAAAAUGGGAUUGAAGUAGAUAAUUGCUAGCAGCGGGUUUUCAGGAGAGGCUUAGAGGGAACAGAAUGCCUCUCGCACAGCACAGACUGCCUGCGCCCAAAGAGCUCUGAAGAGAUGAUUUUAGAUGUUACCCACGUCUGAAUCUCCUGGAAACUUUACGCUGGAAGCAAGCCAUUGCGCACAAGCCUGGAGCGAACAUCCAAAAGGAGCAAGGAAGGGGCAGCAGGGCUGAACAAUGGGAUACCUUGCCCUUGGAUUUCGCACAGAAAAGCCGGUGAGCGUUCCCCUCUGCUUCCCAGUGAGAAGGGCAUGAACGUGACAAUGGACUGAAUUUCACCCAGCAGAGCUUCAGUGGCUUUUAAGGAUGGGAUACACUGACCCUUCAUCAAGCAGAGAUUUGCUGGGAAACAGAACUUUGUUCUUCAUAUUCAUCUGCGCUUUUGCCGUGGUCACCUUGCUGCAGCAGAUCCUCUAUGGGAGAAACUAUCUCAAAAGAGGGCUGCAGUUUAGCUGGCAGAAUGGAGAGGAAUUGGCAAAUUGGACCGGCACCAUUAAUUUCACCGAUGACGGAGCAGUGAAGAGUGGCAGUGGCACAGGCACCAGGUAUUUUGAGUUUUAUGAAGGGCCUUUGGAAUACAACUCCACAAAAUGCCUGGAAUUACGGCAGGAUAUCAUUGCAGUGAAGGUUUUGUCUAUGGUGAAACAAACUGAACUGUUUGACAGGUGGAAGAGCCUACAGAUGUGCAAAUGGGAGAUGAAUGUCACAGAAGCUAACUUAUUCAAGUCUACUUUGUCAAGAUGUUGCAAUGCCCCUGCCUUUCUGUUUACCACCCAGAAAAAUACUCCCUUGGGGACUAAACUGAAGUAUGAAGUGGAUACUAGUGGAAUCUUCCAUAUCAACCAAGAAAUCUUCAAAAUGUUUCCAAAGGAUAUGCCGUACCACCGCUCCCAGUUUAAGAAAUGUGCAGUGGUUGGGAACGGAGGAAUUCUGAAGAACAGCAGAUGUGGCCGGGAAAUUGACAGUGCGGACUUCGUGUUUCGGUGCAAUUUGCCUCCUAUAUCUGAGAAAUACAUUACGGACGUGGGGGUAAAGACGGAUGUCGUGACUGUCAAUCCCAGUAUAAUUACUGAAAGAUUCCAUAAGCUGGAGAAGUGGAGGAAACCUUUCUAUGAUGUGCUCCAGGUCUAUGAAAAUGCUUCUGUGUUGCUGCCGGCUUUCUACAACACUCGCAACACAGACGUCUCCAUCCGGGUCAAAUACGUCCUGGAUGAUUUUGAAUCUCAGCAAGCUGUUUACUACUUUCAUCCCCAGUAUCUCAUCAACGUCUCACGCUACUGGCUCGGUCUAGGGGUGCGGGCCAAGCGGAUUAGCACGGGACUGAUCCUGGUGACUGCUGCUCUGGAGCUCUGUGAAGAGGUCCACCUUUUUGGCUUUUGGGCCUUCCCUAUGAACCCCUCAGGGAUUUUUAUAACUCACCACUACUAUGACAAUGUCAAACCUCGCCCUGGUUUUCAUGCAAUGCCCUCAGAAAUCUUCAACUUUCUCCACAUGCACAGCAAGGGGAUCUUGCGGGUUCAUACGGGGACCUGUAGCUGCUGUUGACAAGGACAGUUCUUCCUCUGACAAAGUGCAAAGGGAACUUAAUGCCUGUGUACGGUGUAAGAGGUUUUAUUACACCCUGAAAUUAUGCAAUAAUUGUUUGAUAUAAAUUUCCUCAAGGCAUUGCAUCCCAUAGGAUCUAGGAUACCAGCAUCUUCCCUGCUAGCAGAGUAGGGUCCGUAACAGUGUGGGUAAAGCAUAACUCCUCUGUCCCAGGAUAUGCACUGCCCUGGAAAGCAACUCAGAUAAGAAGCACAUUCCCAAUAGGUUUAGUGAUAUACAGAGCACAUUAAUAUAGCUAUCCUUUCACUUUGAGGAAAAGCACCAAACUUUUGAGAAGAAUCAGUGGUGGAGAAUUUUAGCAUAGACUGUUUGACUUUACAUAGGUUUCUGAAUUGAAUACCUUGGGGUGUUGCUAGAUUUUAUUGAAAGUACUGUUUUCUGGCAUUUGGGGUUUUUUGAAAAUAUUCUUUAGCAUUAUAGUUCUAAUGGCAAGUGUAUAACUUGAGGUCUUUAUUCUGUAAUUUCACAAAGUAUUGGUGAAAAAUUGCACUUAGAUGUGAUAGGAAUAAACUAGAUCACUUUAUGAAAUUUUUCAGCAAAGGUAGGAGAGAAUGUUUUACUCCCAUUCCCAGCAAAAGGCAACUGUGUUGAUCAUGGUGUGUAAUUGUUUUAGAGCUGCUUCUUUUUGAUUCCUUCCUGUGUCUCGUAGUUCUGGUCUCCUCUGCCGAUGCUGUUUUCUUUCUCAUAGUCUGUAAUACUAUUUUUCUAGCUAACACACAAGCAAUGUGUGUGCUUUCUCCUACAGUGACCGUCUCAGCUUCAGACAGGAGUCCCUGCUGAAGAACUGUGCUCCUUCCCGCUUCAGCAAACUUUGCUCAGGCUGAAUAGCAGGGAGACUACUCUAGUUAUAUUUCCUGAGUUGAUUUUUGUGUUCAAAUGUCACAGCAUAACAUAGUAAAGGCUUUUCCUCUUUGUUUUUUAUAGAAGACUUUGUAAGAGCAUCUAAAUGCUGAUAGACUGUUGUGCAGGUUGAGUUAAAUAUUUUCAGGCAUCUGUGAUAAAUACUUGCGGGAAAUGAAGUUAAAAGGUAGUGAAUGUAUUUUGUGGUUUGGAUUGUGAUGCUUGUUUUAAAUUCAUGCAUCUCAAGACCUCAGAUGUCUUAAUGUGGCAUUUAUUUGUGUUGAGAAUGUUAUUAUGGUAGGGCAAUAAAAGGGCUGGUAUAUUCUUUAAAAAGUUACCAGCAUGACUCCAUCAGUUAAGCCAAGCUUCAUUUUUCACCUGAUAUAGUUAAACUAGCAAAAUCCUGAUGGAGAAAAGAUGCCACAUACUGUUGCAGUUUAUUUUGGCUGCUGAACCACAGUGUGGUAGGCUGCUGGUAUAUGCCCUUUCGUACUGGUAUGACUGCAUGCACGAGAGUGAGGUUUGCUCUUUGAGCUAUGCUGACAUAGAUAAAUGAGUGGAGUUUUCUAGUAGAAGCUCUUAGACUAAAGCACUUGGGCUGUUGUCCAGUGCCUCGUCUUGUCUUUCUUAGAUUAUGAGAUCUCUGAUCAAGGUUUAAAGUGCUGGUCCCAUAUGAAGGAUACUUUUCUGUCUCGGGAGAGGGUUUAAAUCCACGUCAGGACUUGGAUUUUCAUUUUUUAAUGCAUGAAUGCACAAGGCUUCUUUAAAAGCCUCUGUGCUAUGUUGACAGCUGUGAAAGUUGCUCACACUAUGGAUAAAGGGAUCAAAAAGGGAGUGAAGCAUGGUGGUCACCAUUUCAAAGUCCCUACUGACUAGUAGUGGCCUGGAUGACACAAGAGUGUAUAUUUUUUUAGCUUUACACUAGACUCCAGAUUACUUUAAAAGCAACCCCUUUUGAUAAAAGUGUCAGAGCUUACUUGGGAGAUACCAGCCAGAAGUGAGUGAGGGACCUGUGCUUAAGGUUUUUAUAUUUGUGUCAUUGUGCUUUUAGUCUUAGAGUUGUACCAUGUGUUAGUGAACAUCACUCCAUAUUGGCUGGCUGUAAGAUACGCAGCACGCUAAGAAUGAACUUGUAGAUGAAAUGGUUUCCUUGAUUUAAUAUGCAAAAAAGAUCUUUGUCUUUGCUGUGUAUUGUAAGUUAAUGUGCAAAGGGCUUUGAUAAUGAAGUGCUGUAAUGAAAGUGCUACAUAGAAAGCAAUGUGACCCAGUGAGCUGGCCAUCUUGCUGUGCAUUAAGCUUUAUAAUAAUGGGAAUGACGCUGAAGCCUGUACCUAGAGCCCUUACUUCUUAUUCUGCCUGGGUAGGGAUCUAGCGUCACUUCAGCAUUGCUUUGUUGCUGCUGCUUUGCUAAGGAUACUUUCUUUGGUAAGGUUUUUUCUUCACUAUGUUGAUUGAGGUGAACAAAAGUAACGGAAAGGAGUCUGAUAUGUUGCAAGAGUUACUUAAAGAAGAUGGGAAAGCACAUGAGAAGCAUCCACAUAUUGGAAAGAAACGGUGCAGAUCCCUCUUUUAAUUGCAAAAAUCCUUUUGGACUUUUUGGACAGGAAAAAGGAUAAGCAAAACUGUAACAGAAUCACAAACAUUUCCUUUCCUUUGUUUGCUUCAUACAAAUGAGUAAUGUAACUUCUCUUAGGCUAUACUGUAAUAAGUGCAGUUUUACUGUGUUUAGAUUUUGAAUGGUUAUAAGUCUAUAACUACUAUAUUUUUUUAAUGAUUUAAAAACGUGUGCAGGAUACUCACACAUACACACCAAAGGCCCAAUCCUGCACCAUUUAUUUGAAAAGAACUCCCAUUCAAGGAGAUGGGUGUUUUAUUUACAUAGGGACUGCAGAAACAGGCCCAGACAUGUCUGUGAAGAUGUAUAUAGGUGUAUAGUUAGAUAUAAGGAGCGAUUUGCAAGCCAGAAAAAUUUUCAAAGAAAUAUAUAUAAAAUAUUCCUUUAAAAGGCGUGCAUAUUGCGACAUGUUUAUUUUCUUGUUCAUUUUUCAGACAUUGCUCAAAAAAUGAUUGAAGGAAAGCUACGGCAUUUUUGUCAGAAAUGCCGUAAGUAUACGCUUUCAUAUUUUUCUUGGCCUCCUUGCCUUGCUCUCGGCUCUGUAAAAUCAGAUUCCUGCUGCCGUGCUGCACCUUCUGUGAAGCACCAUGGAAAUGGCACGGUUGUAGCUCGCAGGAGCAGGGUCUGAGGACAAACCCCGCCAACCGCUCUGUUCUCCAGGGGCAGCAAACAAAUACCGCCGGGCAGAUUUCAGCUACGCAGUGUUCGCUACCUGUGCAACAUCACUGCAGGGCGAAUGAGCCAGCAUUGACUAGCCCGAGUUUCUGGCUGUCCUGUUUAAAAGGAGGAAAAGAAGGGUUGUUGCACAGAGAAGGACCCUCCUUGUUUUCUGUCACCGUUGAGUAGUGAGCAUAAGAAAAUGCUCUCUUGAAAUCAGGAGGUUAUCUGAGUUGGAGGCUAUUUUGUUUUCUUUCUCCCACACGGUCAAAGCUCCAAAUGUCCAGUCUUAAAGAACCUUCUUUUAAAAUGUGGGAUGCCUGUGUGAUAAGAAACCAGAGUCAGGAAGCCAAGUGUUUACAGCACGCUUUUCUGGCACCUGAAAGGCAUGCUUAGCAUGUUGUGAUUUCCCAUGGAGGAGGAUGCGGGCCCUGGAGAAAUAGCCCUGAUGCAAAAAUCUAUCCAAGAAGAAAGGCUGUCAACUCUCUGGUAUCCCUUCCUGAGCUCAGACUGUAAUCCUGGCUCCGCUGCUGAGAGUAUGAAAUCUGAGAUAGGGAGAGAGAAAAUUAUAAUGGGUUAAUCACUCACUCCUGGUAUUAUUACGGGUUAAUCACUCACUCCUGGUAUUAUUGAGGAGACUCUCUUAAGAAGUCUCUGAUAUCUGCAUACACUGGCAAUGCAAAUUGAGUCAGAAAAAGACAGCUAGGACUGCUUCUCCUUUAUUGUCAGGUCAACAGAGGAGGCUUAUGGAUCUGCCAGUGCUGUUAUCAAAGAGAAGAAAGUACUUAGCUGAAAUAGUAUAGCGUCUUGCUUGAUCUAUGGAAUCCAGCUCAGCUGUUGGCCUGAAUGGAUUAAACAGCAAUGGGUCCAUUAUAAUAUUUUAGCAUACUUUCUGUGAUUGAACAAGAGUUUGGGAAGUCAGCUCAUGAACCACAAAGCAGGGAGCCAUGCCAUGACGGCUCCUCUCAUUGGGAUCUCUGGGAGGAGGCAUACCAUGGCCAGUUGGUCUGCAAGCUCCUGGAAAAGCCAUGCAAGGAGAACAGAGGAGAUUGCAGCCAUGCUGCUGCUCCCCAAGCUUUAAUAACAUGGCAGGAGGUAGGCUGCCCACGCUAGAUUGCACAUGGCAGAUGGAAGCAAUCUCUGGUUUGUGUGUAAGGAAAACUGGGGUGGACACAGUGUUGAGAUGUGGAGCGGGAGGAAAUUUCUCCUUUUAAUCUUCUGAGGCCUGGAGACUUGUCAUUGAGGCUCUGAUUUUGCAGAGCACAAGUGUGAGUAAUGAAAAUGGAGAGCUCUGAAAUGAUCAUUUCACCCUAUCUGGUUUGCAUCCGAGUGUGGAGAAAACCUUGGAGCUUUUGCACAUAGUUUAAGAAGGAAACAUUGCAAAAUUCAGCAAUCUUUAAGGGCAGAACUCCCUGGGAAAUUCUGAGGAGAGAUGAUGUUUUAGGAAUAAAGGUCCAGUGCUCAGCUGGAGUCAGUAUUUAUGCUUAGGGUUUUUUUCCAAAAUCCAGUGAAGUCCAUGGAAAGUUUGGUGUACUUCAGAGCAAGCCUCCACAACUGGGCCCUGAUCUUGGUCAGGAAGAGCAGCCUCUUGUUUCUUAUUCACUUGUUUUCAAAUAUAUUUUUAAUAUACUGUAGAUAUGGUGCAGUAGCAAUACUGUGUUUUUAAUGGUGUGCAUAAAGAACAAACUUAUCUGGAAGCAGAAAUGUUGCGACUGUCACGCUCCCUUCCAGAUUUCUGCACUUUCAUCUUUUCAAAAAUCAUCUAUGCAAAGCAUUUCAUUGUGGCAGUGUAAAUUGCCAUUUCAAAUCAUGGGCACUAGGAACCCUAAUGGACCCUCUGUACCUAAUUGUGUAUGUGUGUGAAUCCCCUGCCUCGAGAAAAGAGGUGUUUUCCUGCUUGCUUUAAAAUAUCAGCGUGGAAUUCAUCAGUGAUGUGAAUGUUUUCAAGGCAGGGUUCAGCCCUGUUCCUUUGGAAGCCAGCUCAAAGUUUGCAGUUGGCUUUGAUUGAUACGAAAAAUAUUGGGCCCAACGCUUGUACGUCAAGCCAAUAACCCGUAUCUCUGAAAAGACCCUCCAGACUAUUAUCAUUUUAUGUCCUGUCUAACGUGGGUGAGGCUGCUGGGCAUCUCUGUGUUGUCUGCAUGGUAUUCAAAAUCUACAAGCAAUUGUACGUAAGUGCUUUUUAAAUAACUUUAAGGGAAAUCCAAGUGUACAGGAAGCGUUAGAGUGAGGGAGCCUGCGUCCCAGGCCUCGAGCACUUCGAACGCUUCCCACAGCCCUGAGUAUUUGAGGAGCAUCAGAAACGAAGGACGGGACCUUAGUGGGACACCUAAAAAAAGACAGAACUGCCUUGGGUUGAAAGUUGUAAAUAAGCUAAUGAGACAUCUGACUUUCCCUAUAGAAGCCAUAAGUGUUCUUGGUGUUUGAUCUUUGGAUAAGUCGUACAUUUUUAACUGUACCAAUCACUGUAAAAUGUGUUAGCAUGUAGAACGGUAACAAAUUAACCCAACAAAAUCAGAUACUGUGUUGGCUAGAUCUUAAAAUGUCUGUUCUAGCUGAAGCUGUCUGCAUUGAGAUGGACCAAGACACUGAAGUAUCUCCAUUGCUCCAUACAGCUUAUGAAGGCUGUAAUUAUUACCUGUUUUAGUAGUUAGGGGCAAACGGAAUUAAAUUAAUCCCUAUCUGUUGUAGCACCUAGCGUUGCCAAAGUGAUAACCACUUAUUCAUGUGUGACACUAGAGCCUGUCUCUUUACAGAUGAGGAAAACUGGUUGUACCUGCUCUAUCUAGGACAGGACAUGGUGAUUUUUGCUUCAUUUCUGAGUCCUCCUUAUUAUAAAGCAUGAGGUGUCUGAUGGGAUAUCCAUGUUCAGCCCAUGUAAAUUGUACUGUGUUCUGCACAGGCCUUCUAUUGAAUAUGUCCCCCAUUUUCACCUGGAAGAAAACAAGUUUUCGAUUUGCAAAUACUGGAGCAAACCUAUGGGUCUUCGUGCUAAUGGAGCCUGGGUUACUGCAAAAAUAAAGUUUGUUUCGUUUUUGUUAUUUCUGUAUGGUGUUGGUGGAGAAAUCCAAGCAGAGUCACUCUAGUUUCAUGCUUCUGUUAAUGCCAUCCUGUCCAUUGGUUCACCUUUCAUUUAUAAAUCUUCCACCCUGUAAUUUUUGCUUAUCGUUUCUGUAGUUGUAUUAUGGUUGUAAUAGAAAGCCUAACAAUUGAUGUAAGCCAUAACUAAAACAGUAAUCAGGGUAUUUUUUUUGUCUGUGUCACUGUGUUUGAAAGAUGAUUUAAUUCUAUUGAAUAAACCACUCAAGCAGUUUUAUUUGAAA